AUGGCAUCGCUGCACGUCAGGAUCAUUGACUUUGGCGUUGCUUCCUGGCGGGAGAAUCAUCUUUCAGAUCUAAUUCAGUCACUCGCGCUGAGGGCACCCGAAGUAACUAUCGGCGCUCCCUGGGAUACUGGUGUUGAUAUAUGGAGCCUUGGGUGCCUUGUUGUGGAGUUUGUUCAAGGCAUAGUUCUCUUCUCUGGAAAAGCGUCAGAAAACGGAACAUGGACCGCCGAGGAUGACCAUUUGGCAAGGAUUGCUGAAGUUCUCGGCCCGUUUCCGUCUACCCUGCUUGAGAAGGGGCGUCGCUCCGCCGAAUUUUUCGAUGAGCAAGGGAAGCUUAUUCGAGUUCGUAACUUAAAACCAACGAGCCUUGAGCGCUUGGUUAACGGCGACGUGAAGCCCUUCAUUAAGCCUGCUGAUAUGCUAGAGACUGAAAUUGGUAUCUUCAUCGAUUUCAUUAAAAGUAUGCUGGCAAUUGACCCGAUGGCGCGAAAGUCUGCGGCAGAAUUGUUACAGCAUGAGUGGCUUUCUUAG